UGACUCUAGAAGACAAGGUUCUAUAACAAAAGUUUUAGCUUAUUUUUAUUUAUAUUUAAAUAAAUAAAUCAUUGAUGUUCUAAAUGGGUGCAUUUUAUUCUGGCUGCUGUCCUACUCAUGAGACUGAGGAGAAAGAUUGUAUAUUAAGGACCAAUGUGUCCAUUAGCAGUGAGACAGCAGUGGGUCCUGAGCAGCAAUACUGUAGAUUUGUACCUGAGAAGAAAUUGUGGAGCAGUUCUCAAACCUCCAUCUCCACUACUGAGGGGGAAUCAGACACUGAAUUGCAUGCAUUCAUCAUGAUGAGGAACCAAGUAGAUAAAGAUACCGAGGAAUGGGAGAAGCUGAACUAUGAUAUCCACACUUUGAGAUGUGCUCGUAGGGAAGUUUGUACACGCUGGAAGAAGAUCUUGCUUCAGCUAGGUUACCACAGGGAAGCUGACUCCUUGCUGACAGUGAACAGAAAGCCUAUUCUGAGUGACUGGGAGAAUUUGGAGAAGGCCAAAGAACUUCUGUGCAUAGUGUCAGAGACGACAAACCUCUUCCCUCGUGGGCUGGGCACUAAUGAAAGAUACCUCUUUGUCAUGGAUCGCCUGGUGUCUUUGGACAGUGCUGAGGACUUUGUGCAUUUGGCCAAAGAGAAAUAUCCAAGAACGGAGCCUUGAGAUGGAGAGGAUCUAUCAGUUUGGGCUUCUUUAUGCAUGGAAGGUAUUUUUUAUGAUACAGAAAGACACGUGGGGGUAUGAUGAGAUGGGGAAUACUUGUCUAUUCCCUAGUGUUGUAGGUUGGUUGAAACCAAUCAUAAUUCUUCAACAUCAUAUUUAGGUACUUCUUCUGAUUUCUUUUUUUUAAUACAUUUUUUUAGCACUAACCUGAUGUGAACUCAUCAAUGUUUUGGCCAGGGGAAAAAGGAAUUUGUGGUAUUCACUUCUGAAAUAUGAAAUAACAUUUCUGGUGCAAGCCGCUAUUGUAAAUAUUUUAUGUGCCUUUCAAACCUCCACUUUUUAACAGUCAUUUGAAAUGUACUUCAGAUGUUAGAUACAAAAUACAUAUACACUGCAUUGCAACUGCAUUCAUUUAUUAAUAGUCA